AUGUCUCAGCCGGAGGACGACGUUUCUGGCAGUCCCGCAGGCUCCGAGAUGUCUCAGCCGGAGGACGACGUUUCUGGCAGUCCCGCAGGCUCCGAGAUGUCUCAGCCGGAGGACGACGUUUCUGGCAGUCCCGCAGGCUCCGAGAUGUCUCAGCCGGAGGACGACGUUUCUGGCAGUCCCGCAGGCUCCGAGAUGUCUCAGCCGGAGGACGACGUUUCUGGUAGUCUCGCAGGCUCCGAGAUGUCUCAGCCGGAGGACGACGUUUCUGGCAGUCCCGCAGGCUCCGAGAUGUCUCAGCCAGAGGACGACGUUUCUGGUAGUCUCGCAGGCUCCGAGAUGUCUCAGCCGGAGGACGACGUUUCUGGCAGUCUCGCAGGCUCCGAGAUGUCUCAGCCGGAGGACGACGUUUCUGGCAGUCCCGCAGGCUCCGAGAUGUCUCAGCCAGAGGACGACGUUUCUGGCAGUCCCGCAGGCUCCGAGAUGUCUCAGCCAGAGGACGACGUUUCUGGUAGUCUCGCAGGCUCCGAGAUGUCUCAGCCGGAGGACGACGUUUCUGGCAGUCCCGCAGGCUCCGAGAUGUCUCAGCCGGAGGACGACGUUUCUGGUAGUCCCGCAGGCUUCGAGAUGUCUCAGCCGGAGGACGACGUUUCUGGCAGUCCCGCAGGCUCCGAGAUGUCUCAGCCGGAGGACGACGUUUCUGGCAGUCCCGCAGGCUCCGAGAUGUCUCAGCCGGAGGACGACGUUUCUGGAAGUCCCGCAGGCUCCGAGAUGCCUCAGCCGGACGACGACGUUUCUGGAAGUCCCGCAGGCUCCGAGAUGCCUCAGCCGGAGGACGACGUUUCUGGCAAUCCCGCAGGCUCCGAGAUGUCUCAGCCGGAGGACGACCUUUCUAGCAGUCCCGCAGGCUCCGAGAUGUCUCAGCCGGAGGACGACCUUUCUGGCAGUCCCGCAGGCUCCGAGAUGUCUCAGCCGGAGGACGACGUUUCUGGCAGUCCCGCAGGUUCCGAGAUGUCUCAGCCGGAGGACGACGUUUCUGGCAGUCCUGCAAGUUCCGAGAUGGCUCAGCCGGAGGACGACGUUUCUGGCAGUCCCGCAGGCUUCGAGAUGUCUCAGCCGGAGGACGACGUUUCUGGCAGUCCCGCACGCUCCGAGAUGUCUCAGCCGGAGGACGACGUUUCUGGUAGUCCCGCAGGCUCCGAGAUGUCUCAGCCGGAGGGCGACGUUUCUGGCAGUCCCACAGGCUCCAAGAUGUCUCAGCCGGAGGACGACUGA